UAAUUUUUUUUUUGGUAAUCAAUCAGAUUUAAUAUUUCUUCUUAGUAUAUGUGAAACAGAAUAACAUUGAAAUUUUAGGACCAUAGAGUAUUAUUUAGCUUUAAUGAGGGGUUUUAGAAAAUAUUUUUUUCUCAAAAGGAAGUGUAUUUUUAAAAUUUGAAAACAAGUUGACUCCAAAUGGUGACCAUAUAUUAGGGAACAACGAUAAGAAUAGAUUUAAUAUUCUUCAAAUUUUAUACUAAUUACGUGAUUUUGUAGUCAAAUUAUUAACUAUGUGUCUCACUCCAUUCCUCUAUUUUCCUUAUGCAUAUAUGAAAAAUGUGUGAAGAAAUGAUUUUCGUACCAGUUUUGAUGAGGAAUGAAUUGACCAAAUGUUCAUACUUUUUAUUAACUAAAAACAAGAAAUUCAAUUUCUAGUUAUUUUUAACUGUGAUAUUUUUUUUUAAGAAAAUAUUAUUUAAAAUUAUUGUAGCAAUCAACCAGGACCAAACUUAUAUAACAGGACCAAACUUAUAUAAAUAUGUAUAUGAAGGAAGUUGCAUUUCGUCUCAAAACCAAAAAUAUUAUUCGAUCACCAUGUCUCUUGCAAUUAGACUGAUGGGCAUGACACUCUCUAUUCAAAUCAUUACAUCUUUUCUCUUUGCUGCCCCUGUCUCAUCAUCACCUCCCAGUGGUUUCACCAUCGACUUAUUCAAGCGUCGCCUCAAUUCAUCUUCUUCUCGAAUCUAUAAUACUCAGCUCGGAUCUCCUUACGCGGAUACUCUCUUUGAUACCUCCGUGUAUCUUAUGAAAUUACAAAUAGGUACUCCUCCUGUUGAGAUCGAAGCUAUCUUAGACACAGGAAGCGAGGUCAUCUGGACAGAUUGUUUGCCUUGUCAUAACUGCUUUAAACAAAGCGGUCCAGCAUUCAACCCUUUAGAUUCCUCGACCUACGAAGAGAAAAUAUGCGAUGGCAGUCCUUGUCAGUAUGAGAUAGACUACACAGACCAAAGCUAUACAAGAGGAACCUAUGCAACCGAGACUGUCACGAUCCAAUCAACUUCAGGCUAUUCCUAUGUAAUGCCUAAAACCACUAUUGGAUGUUCCCACAACGCCUCAGUCACGUUUCAAACAAGCGCUUCGGGCAUUGUUGGUCUAAACUGGGGACCUUGGUCACUCGUCUCUCAGAUGGGGGAUGACAUGCUAGGUCUCAUGUCUUACUGCUUUUCCGGUGAGGGAACUAGUAAGCUCAACUUUGGAGGUAAUGCUAUUGUGUCAGGAGAUGGGACUAUAUCAGCCAAUAUGUUUAAGAAGGAGGAGGAUCCCAAUCAGUAUUACCUAAACCUAGAUGCGAUCAGCGUUGGGAAGACUCGCAUUGAGACACUGGGGACACCGUUUCACGCCUCAAACGGGAACAUGAUCAUUGACUCUGGAACAACUUACACCUUCUUGCGCAAGACCUACUACAACAAAGUGAGGAAGGCAGUGGAAAACAUUGUGAAGGCGGAUCAAGAAGAUUCUGGAGACAACUGGCUUUGCUACAAAACGAACAACAUGGAUAUUUUUCCAGUGAUCACAAUGCAUUUCCAAGGUGGUGCGGAUCUUGUUUUGGAUAAAUACAAUACGUAUAUGAUCAGUGGAGAAACCAUUUGUCUGAUGAUUUUAUGUGAUAGCCGGACACCAGUUUUUGGUAACAGAGCACAAAACAAUUUUUGGGUUGGUUAUGAUCCGUCUUCACUAUUGGUUUCUUUUAAACCCACCAAGUGUUCUGCAUUGUGGAGUUAGACAAGACAAACAAGAGAGUCAUUUUUCAAUAAUAAAGACCACAUAGGAUGGAUUUGUUUAUGUGAAUGAGUUGUUGAGUCGUAAUCAUAAUAAAUCAUUAAUAACCUUUUAGACACACACACACAGCUCCAUGCGUUACCUCCAAGAACUCAUGCAUCACUUUUCUCUCUCUUCAUCCAUUGAUAAUGUAGGAAGAUGCACAACCUGUUGCAAAAUCUUGUUCGAAUUGAGGUUGGAUUAACUACGAUUGAUUUACGAUUACAAAUUUCUCCAACGCGUAAAGUCUAUUUUCUCCAACUGCUUGUUUUUCCUUCAGUCUUAUCUUCUUCUUCUUCUUUAUUUUAAAUUCACACACAAGACCUACUAGACCCACAUUUACAGGGGCACAUGCAGUGAAACAUCGAUCUUGACCCCCUAAUUUUUUGAUGGUAUAGUGUAUUAUUAAAACAUUCAAAACAAAAACAAAAAAAGUUAUUCGUACCCAAGUCUAAGAUUUCUGCGCCGUCCAAAUGUCUAAACCGAAUUUUUACAAAAUUGUGUGAAAUUGAUUAUGCGAAGCUCAUUAUCACGACAGUAAUUUAUACCUUUUCAUCAAGUGUUUGGAAUUGGUGUAAUUAUAAAUAUUGAAUAGUUGAAUGAUCUUUAAGUGUGUGUGUUUGUAAAAUGCCAAAGAAGCAAGUCUCAACAAGCCCUGGUUUUAAGUUUUAUGAUUGUUCAUUCAUGUGUUGUAACGCAGGGAUGACUUGCCACUACAGUACUCUCCCAUGUCUGAAGACUCUGACGAAGUCUAUAAAUUCUGCGAGGACCCAAUAACAAGAACUAGCUCAUCCCAACCCGACAGCCGCCCUACUAGUCCUGUUUCACCUUACCGAUACCAAAGACCUCUUACUUCAACAACCUCACACCAUUCCUCAAAUUCACAUACACUCCCUGCCUCCAUGAGCACUACUAGUACUACUCCACAGCCUA